CAGAUAUCCGCUCCGCUCAUUUGAGUGACAAAGCGCGGCAGACGCGCACUAGUAUCAGUUUGUGCAUUUACCGAGUUCCAACUUACAACUUGAGCAAUGAAUUUCUCAAUGCAACUGGCUGUGGUGGUAGCAGCAGCGUGCCUGUGCUUAGCCGAGGGUGCCCCAGACGGCAGACUGGUGAGGACCAAGCAGCAACGGCCUACCCGCGGCUUCAAAAAUGUCGAGAUGAUGACCGCCAGGGGCUUUGGAAAACGCGACCGACCUUCCACGAGAACCGAACAUCAUGUAGAACAUCAAUCGGCAUCGGACCGCACUGGGCGGGGUAUUCCCACAUUUAAGAGUCCCGCAGUGGGCAUCGCACGAGACUUCGGGAAAAGAGCUCCAGAAAAAGUGGCUGAAGACCAAUACGAGUUCGCCGCACCCGCACGCAAGAAGUUCAAUCCCAAAUCAUCAUUAAUGGUGGCCUCCGACUUUGGAAAGAGGAGUUAUGUUGAUGACAAUAGUGAUGAAGAAUAUGAAAUUAGAGUGACCAGAGGCGUUUUCAAACCAAACGCAAAGAUCCUUAUCGCCAGGGGUUACGGUAAAAGAAACGAACUGGAAAAUCAUGGAGUUUACGGUCUGGACAACUUCUGGGAAACGCUGGAGGCUUCACCAGAAAGGGAAGGACAAGAUGGUAACGAGGAGAAAGCAGUUGAAAGUAUCCCACUGGAUUGGUUCGUAAACGAAAUGCUCAACAACCCAGACUUCGCCCGAUCGGUGGUUCGUAAAUUUGUCGAUCUCAAUCAGGACGGCCAGCUAUCAUCGGAGGAACUGCUCAGGAAUGUGGUUUAAAUUUAGUUAUGUUACAAUAAUACUCAAGUACCUAUUAUUUUAUUAAUGUAUCGAUAUUAUUUGUAAGUAUUUAGCGCAUAAUUUAUUCAAUAAAUUACUGUAUGUACAGAUGAGUUAAUAAAUUAUUAUAUUUAUAAUGUUACGGUACUGUGAUAUGAAAUAAACAAGAUCUUUAUUUGUUUAAAAUAAACUGAAUAAUAUAAUUAUUGUUUUAACAAGUUUCAUUAUACUUAAUGACUGUUGAAGAGAAUUAAUUUAAAUAAAUAUAUUGUUACUCAGAUUACUAUCAAUGUUGUAAAUAAACGAUGUCAAUGGCAUAAGAAUUGUCCAAAAGAGAGACUACUCUUAAUUAUUUAAAAGACGUAGGUUAAAUUCUUAGAGAUCUCCUUAACUUUUUGCCGCGAUUCUAUGACGCAAUGAAUAAAAUCACAAAGAGUUAAAGUUUAAGCUAUUCGGAGUCAAAAUAAUGUAAGAGGUACAAGACUAAAAUGUAAUUUAAUAUUAGUCAUGAUUAAUUCUUUCAAUCGAGUCUAUGGCCUAGUUUGGCGGAAGUCCUGAGACGGCACCGAAUGUCAAUCUCAAUGUUUUAAAACUACUAAAGUCAAUAGUAAAUUAAGAAUAAACAAUGUUCCUUUUUUAAAAAUUAAAACUAUUCGGUUUGUAUAAGUAAAAGGAAGGCAAUCUAAUAUGCGGCCUUAAUAAUUGUUACUACUUUUACUGGUUUGGCAAGUUAUGUAUUUCUUUUUUCAAAGUGUUAAGGCAAAUUUACAUUGUGUCUUCUAAAGACAAUGGUGGUGCAGUGAAUUCAGAAUAAGUGUAGAGUUGUUUAGAAUUUGAAGCAGUAACUGACUUUAUGUAAAUUUGCUUUAAAGUAAAUUAUUUUAAUAUGUCAUGUCAUGCUGGCUAUAGGUUAAAUAAGAGUGCGUGCGUUGAGGGGUUUCCAAAGAAUACUUUUAGUUUAUUUCCUCUUUCGUAAUUUCGCCAAUGUACCUAUUUAUUUUCAUAUGUAUAUAUAUAAAAUGUCAUUAUUGUUUCAUAUAAUUAUGAGACAAAUUAAACUUCAUCUUUUUCAAUAAAACUAAAAACUUAAUUGUAAUAAUUAAUUCUUUGUAGAUUGUGUCUGUUGCGAUGUUGGCAAAUUACGAUUCUAGAAAUUAAACAACUAUUAUUGUCAUUAUUUUACUUGGUACUAAUUUGUUAAAAAUAAUACGUCAGAUUAGUUUUUGUAAAUGAAAAAAUUAAAGUUUAAUUCCAAUUAAUUAUGGUGGUUUGUAUUUAUCUAAACUAGGCUGGGUAUUCAAUGUAUUCUAAUGAAGUCAAUUUUCACGAAUAUAAAAUAAUUAGAGAAACAUUCUGUCCUGUUGUAUUGCUCUACAUACAUACAUGUUUAACGAGAUUGUAUGAAUAUAAUAAUUGUAGGGUAAUUAAUUGGUAAAUAUGACACCUGAAUGUUUGGAUAAUCUGUAUUUACUUAGUUUGUUGUUUACCAAUGUGACGUUAUGGAUAAAAAUAAAUAUAUCGGGUACCGAAA